CGGUUCAAUUACUGCUACUUAUUUUAUCGCGAGUUAACGGUUAUCGAAAAAGUGACUUUGAUUUAAGUGAAUCUUUUAAUACACAUUGAACUGUUCGAAGUGAAAAAUUAGGAAGGCAACUACGGGCUGCAGCAAAAUUCUCUCAAAACUAAAUUAACGUGUCUCUGAUUAGCCCCGUCUCAUUUCGAAUUAAAACAAGCUCAAGAUGCCGAAGCCAGUCGUCCAAGUCGGUGAUGAUCCCGAUCCAAGCGAAUGGUUGUUCAUCUCGCUCGAACAAAAACGUAUCGAUCAAAGCAAACCGUACGAUGCCAAGAAGGCUUGCUGGGUUCCGGAUGAGAAGGAGGGCUACGUGCUGGGAGAAAUCAAGGCCACCAAGGGUGAUUUGGUCACCGUAGGCCUGCCCGGUGGUGAGACUAAGGAUUUCAAGAAGGAUCUGGUCUCCCAGGUCAACCCACCGAAAUACGAGAAAUGCGAGGAUAUGUCCAACUUGACAUAUCUUAAUGAUGCCUCUGUUUUGCAUAACUUGAGGGAACGUUACAGGGCCAAGCUGAUCUACACCUACUCCGGCUUGUUCUGCGUUGUCAUCAAUCCUUACAAGCGUUGGCCACUGUACACCAUGCGUGUCGCCAAGAUGUACCGUGGUAAGCGUCGUGCUGAAGUGCCGCCCCAUCUAUUCGCCGUCUCUGACGGUGCCUACGUCAACAUGUUGACCAACCACGAGAACCAGUCUAUGUUGAUUACCGGUGAGUCUGGUGCCGGAAAAACUGAGAACACGAAGAAGGUCAUUGCGUACUUCGCCACCAUUGGCGCCUCGACCAAGAAGGAUGAAUCGGCUGAAAAGAAGGGCUCCCUGGAAGAUCAAGUCGUCCAGACCAACCCCGUACUUGAGGCCUUCGGUAACGCCAAGACCGUCCGUAACGAUAACUCUUCUCGUUUCGGUAAAUUCAUCCGUAUUCACUUCACUGGAUCCGGUAAACUGGCUGGUGCUGAUAUUGAGACUUAUCUGCUUGAGAAGGCUCGUGUCAUUUCCCAGCAGACCUUGGAGCGUUCUUACCAUAUCUUCUACCAAAUGAUGUCCGGUUCAGUCAAGGGACUGAAAGAUAUGUGCUUCCUGUCCAACGAUAUCUACGACUACUACAACGUUUCUCAGGGUAAAAUCACUAUUCCCAAUGUCGAUGACGGAGAAGAAUGUUUGCUAACUGAUGAAGCCUUCAACGUCUUGGGUUUCACUCAGGAUGAAAAGGACAACAUCUACCGCAUCACUGCCGCUGUCAUGCACAUGGGUGGUAUGAAGUUCAAGCAAAAAGGUCGCGAAGAGCAGGCUGAAGCCGACGGUACCGAGGAGGGUGAUCGCGUCGCCAAACUGCUGGGUGUCGUUACUGAAGAUUUGUACAAGAAUCUGCUGAAGCCACGUAUCAAGGUCGGUGCCGAAUUCGUCACCAAGGGUCAGAACAAGGACCAGGUCACCAACGCCGUCGGUGCUCUCUGCAAGGGUAUCUUCGAUCGUAUCUUCAAAUGGCUGGUCAAGAAGUGUAACGAAACUCUGGACACCAAGCAGAAGCGUGCUCAGUUCAUUGGUGUACUGGAUAUUGCUGGUUUCGAGAUUUUCGACUACAACGGCUUCGAACAGCUGUGUAUUAACUUCACCAACGAGAAACUGCAACAGUUCUUCAACCAUCACAUGUUUGUUCUGGAGCAGGAAGAAUACAAGCGAGAAGGUAUCAACUGGGCCUUUAUUGAUUUCGGUAUGGACUUGUUGGCCUGUAUCGAAAUGAUUGAAAAGCCUAUGGGUAUCCUGUCCAUCCUUGAGGAAGAAUCUAUGUUCCCGAAAGCCACCGAUCAAACCUUUGCUGAAAAGCUGAUGACCAACCACUUGGGCAAGUCUGCUCCAUUCCAGAAGCCGAAGCCUCCGAAGCCAGGUUGCCAGGCUGCUCACUUUGCCAUCGGUCACUACGCUGGUGUUGUCUCGUACAACAUCACUGGAUGGCUUGAGAAGAAUAAGGAUCCUCUUAACGAUACUGUUGUCGAUCAGUUCAAGAAGGGUAGCAACGCCCUGUUGGUGGAAAUCUUCGCUGACCAUCCCGGACAGUCUGCUCAGCCUGAUGCCGGUGGCGGCAAGGGAGGACGUGGUAAGAAGGGUGCCGGUUUCGCCACCGUCUCCUCUUCCUACAAGGAACAGUUGAACAACUUGAUGACCACUCUGAGAUCCACUCAACCUCACUUCGUCCGUUGUAUCAUUCCAAAUGAAUUGAAACAGACCGGUCUUAUCGAUGCUCACUUGGUCAUGCACCAGCUGACCUGUAACGGUGUACUUGAAGGUAUCCGUAUUUGCCGUAAAGGUUUCCCCAACAGGAUGAUGUAUCCGGACUUCAAGCUGCGUUAUCUUAUCCUGGCUCCAGCAGCCAUGCAGGCUGAAUCUGAUCCUAAGAUCGCUGCUGAGAAAUGCUUCAAUUCAAUCGGCCUGGAUCCCGACUCGUACCGUAUUGGACACACCAAGGUCUUCUUCCGUGCCGGUGUCCUGGGUCAAAUGGAGGAAUUCCGUGAUGAGCGUCUGUCCAAGAUCAUGUCCUGGAUGCAGUCCUGGUGCCGUGGUUACCUGGCCCGUAAGGAGUUCAAGAAGAUGCAGGAACAGCGUGUUGCCCUGGAAGUUGUCCAGCGCAACUUGCGCAAGUACCUGAAGUUGCGUACCUGGGCCUGGUGGAAACUGUGGCAGAAGGUCAAGCCUUUGCUCAAUGUGUCCCGUGUUGAGGACCAAAUCGCUAAACUGGAAGAGAAGGCCCAAAAGGCUCAGGAAGCAUUCGAGAAGGAAGAAAAACUGCGCAAGGAUCUGGAAGCCCUGAACAGCAAACUGUUGGCUGAGAAGACCGCCCUGCUCGACUCGCUGUCCGGUGAAAAGGGUGCCCUCCAGGAAUACCAGGAGAAGGCUGCCAAGUUGGUCGCCCAGAAGAACGAUCUCGAAAACCAACUGCGUGACACCCAGGAACGCUUGGCCCAAGAGGAAGAUGCCCGCAACCAACUGUUCCAGACCAAAAAGAAGUUGGAACAGGAAAUCUCUGGCCAGAAGAAGGAUGCUGAAGAUCUGGAACUGCAAAUCCAGAAGAUUGAGCAGGACAAGGCCUCCAAGGAUCACCAGAUCCGCAACUUGAACGAUGAGAUCGCUCACCAGGACGAACUGAUCAACAAGUUGAACAAGGAGAAGAAAAUGCAAGGUGAAGUCAACCAGAAGACUGCUGAGGAACUGCAGGCUGCUGAAGAUAAGGUCAACCACUUGAACAAGGUGAAGGCCAAGCUCGAGCAGACUCUGGAUGAGCUGGAGGACUCGCUGGAACGUGAGAAGAAACUGCGUGGAGAUGUUGAGAAGGCCAAGCGCAAGGUUGAAGGUGAUCUCAAGCUGACCCAGGAAGCCGUUGCCGAUCUGGAACGCAACAAGAAGGAGCUUGAGCAAACUAUCCUCCGCAAGGAUAAGGAAAUCUCGGCCCUGUCUGCCAAGCUGGAAGACGAACAAUCUUUGGUUGGCAAGCUGCAGAAGCAGAUCAAGGAACUGCAAGGCCGCAUUGAAGAGCUCGAGGAGGAAGUCGAAGCUGAACGCCAAGCUCGUGCCAAGGCUGAGAAGCAGCGCGCUGAUCUGGCUCGUGAGCUCGAGGAACUCGGCGAGCGUCUUGAAGAAGCAGGUGGUGCCACUUCUGCUCAAAUUGAGCUGAACAAGAAGCGUGAAGCCGAACUUGCCAAGCUGCGUCGUGACUUGGAAGAAGCUAACAUUCAACAUGAAGGCACCCUCGCCAAUCUGCGCAAGAAGCACAACGAUGCCGUUGCGGAAAUGGCAGAACAGGUCGACCAGCUGAACAAACUGAAGACUAAAGCUGAACAUGAUCGUGCUAACAUGUACAAUGAAUUGAACAACACUCGCUCCGCUUGCGAUCAGCUUGCCCGCGAAAAGGCCGCCCAAGAGAAGAUUGCCAAGCAGCUGCAGCACACUCUGAACGAAGUGCAAGGUAAACUGGACGAAACCAACCGCACUCUGAACGAUUUCGAUGCUUCCAAGAAGAAGUUGUCGAUUGAGAACUCCGACCUGCUCCGUCAACUGGAGGAUGCUGAAUCCCAGGUUUCGCAGCUCAGCAAGAUCAAGAUCUCGCUCACCCAACAGCUUGAGGAUACCAAGCGUCUGGCCGACGAAGAAGCCCGCGAACGCGCCACUCUGCUUGGCAAGUUCCGCAAUCUGGAGCACGACCUCGACAACCUGCGUGAACAGGUUGAGGAGGAAGCCGAAGGAAAGGGAGACAUUCAGCGCCAGCUCAGCAAGGCCAACGCCGAAGCCCAAUUGUGGCGCAGCAAAUACGAAUCCGAAGGUGUUGCCCGUGCUGAAGAAUUGGAGGAAGCCAAGAGGAAGCUCCAGGCCCGCCUUGCCGAAGCCGAGGAAACCAUCGAGUCCCUCAACCAGAAGUGCAUUGCUCUGGAAAAGACCAAGCAGCGUCUGUCCACCGAAGUCGAAGACUUGCAACUCGAGGUUGACCGUGCUACCUCGAUUGCCAAUGCCGCUGAGAAGAAACAGAAGGCCUUCGACAAGAUCAUUGGUGAAUGGAAACUCAAGGUCGAUGAUCUUGCUGCUGAACUGGAUGCUUCUCAGAAGGAAUGCCGCAACUACUCCACCGAGCUGUUCCGUCUCAAGGGCGCAUACGAAGAAGGCCAGGAGCAACUUGAAGCUGUCCGCCGUGAAAACAAGAAUCUGGCUGAUGAAGUCAAGGAUCUGCUGGACCAGAUCGGCGAGGGUGGCCGCAACAUCCACGAAAUUGAGAAGUCUCGCAAGCGAUUGGAAGCCGAGAAGGAUGAACUGCAAGCCGCUCUUGAGGAAGCUGAAGCUGCCCUGGAACAGGAAGAAAACAAGGUUCUGCGUGCCCAGCUUGAACUGUCUCAGGUCCGUCAAGAAAUUGACAGACGUAUCCAGGAGAAGGAAGAGGAAUUCGAAAACACCCGCAAGAACCACCAGCGUGCUUUGGACUCCAUGCAGGCCUCCCUCGAAGCCGAAGCCAAGGGUAAGGCUGAGGCCCUGCGCAUGAAGAAGAAGUUGGAAGCUGACAUUAACGAGCUUGAAAUUGCUCUGGAUCAUGCCAACAAGGCUAACGCUGAGGCCCAGAAGAACAUCAAGCGCUACCAGCAACAACUGAAGGACGUCCAAAGCGCUCUGGAAGAAGAACAACGUGCUCGUGAUGAUGCCCGUGAACAGCUUGGAAUCUCGGAGCGCCGUGCCAACGCUCUCCAGAACGAGUUGGAAGAAUCUCGUACCCUGCUAGAACAAGCCGACCGUGGCCGUCGUCAAGCCGAACAGGAACUUGGCGAUGCUCACGAACAAUUGAACGAAGUUUCUGCCCAGAAUGCUUCGAUCGCCGCUGCCAAGAGGAAGUUGGAAUCCGAAUUGCAGACCCUGCACUCCGACCUGGAUGAGCUGUUGAACGAAGCCAAGAACUCCGAAGAGAAGGCUAAGAAGGCCAUGGUUGAUGCCGCUCGUUUGGCUGAUGAACUCCGUGCUGAACAGGACCAUGCUCAGACUCAGGAGAAACUGCGCAAGGCUCUGGAACAACAGAUCAAGGAACUGCAAGUCCGCCUGGAUGAAGCUGAAUCUAACGCCCUGAAGGGAGGCAAGAAGGCCAUCCAGAAACUGGAACAGCGCGUCCGUGAACUUGAAUCCGAGCUCGACAGCGAACAGAGAAGACACGCUGAUGCCCAGAAGAAUCUCCGCAAAUCCGAACGCCGCAUUAAGGAACUGACCUUCCAGUCGGAGGAAGACCGUAAGAACCACGAACGUAUGCAGGACCUCGUCGACAAACUGCAGCAGAAGAUCAAGACUUACAAGAGGCAAAUCGAGGAAGCCGAAGAGAUUGCCGCCCUGAAUCUGGCCAAAUUCCGCAAAGCUCAGCAAGAACUUGAAGAAGCCGAGGAACGCGCCGAUAUUGCCGAACAAGCUGCUACUAAAUUCCGCACCAAGGGACGUGCCGGCUCGGUGCAGCGUGGUGCUAGCCCAGCACCUUCGGUCACCAGAGCGUAAGAUCGCUGUUAUAAAUCAAACGAUAGGCUAUUAUCCGUUAUCCAGUCAGACAAUCGAAUGAUUCAAACUAUCCGUUCACAGUUGUAAGUGUUUCGAAUGGUAGUAAAAAAUACAAACGAGUGUACCUUCCUACAUCUUCCCAGUAACUGAUUAAUCCAAUCUGCAGUCUAGUUUAUCCCUUUCGUUCAGUCAACACCUGUUGAAUAUUAAUAAAUUUAUGUUUCUUUUUCAUGUUGUUGAAUUUUGCGGAUGUCUUCAUUCUACGAUGGCAUAUCUUUUCUGUUUGUUAUGUUCUCAGAGUAACACGCCUUGUAGUCAUACAUAUCGAUCAGUACAUAUUCCGAAGCUAAACUCUCACGUUCAUGAGUUCAACCCAACGAAUCAACCUUCAUUACUUUUCAAUGAGACACUAUGAGAAGUGGAGAUCAUUGAAUCUGACAUUAUUGCACUUUAUAGGUAACAAGAAUCACUUCGAUUUUUCACGAAUGACCAAUAUCAGAAAUCAACACAAGCAUACAGUUAACUUUAUCAUUCAGCAUCGUUUGGCAAUGCGUACUUCUAAACCAAUGUUGUACACCGAAAACCAAUACGCUACACCAAUACUCAACAAAAACAUAUUCUUUCUUUCUUCUUGUUUUAUCCCACAGCCCCAGAGACAGCCAUCUACUUUACCAGGAUUCGCCGGUCUUAACCUUCCUACAUUCGACGACCAUGCUUACUAAAAACUGAAACACUCAAAAGUUAAUUGUUAGAUUAAAGCCACACGUUUUAUUUAUUUUAUUUACACUCUAAUUACAAAAUCCACAUGACCAUUCGCGGACGUCAAAACAUCACCAUAUGGAGGAAGAAAAAGAUUUCAGAGCAGAUAAGCACCACACAGUCCGUUUUACUCGCUCGCAGGCACACACUUGGUCGGUGCGUCUUCAAGAAACAACAAGCAAGACUAAAUGAGAGAGAGAUAACACAACAAUCAACGUUCACACAUGCACAUUUUGAGCCCUGCAAAGUAGUAUUGUUUUAUUCGUUGUAUGCGAUGUAAAACCGUGUCCGUGUGUCACUAACUAAGCAUGUUGAAGACCAUAUUGAAACUAUUAUCGAACGUCACGCGAAAUGGCACGUGCUGCAAAAAGAGAGAAAAAAUCGCCUGUCAUUCAAAGAACAAAAACUAUAUAGCAAAAGAAGAAAGCAAUCCAUCAAAACAUAUUGAUAAUGAAACAUUGUUCUAAGUUUUUAUUUUCUUUUGUAUUCGUUUUAUUUUGUACUUUCGCUCUGAAUCUUUUAUAAUUUUAUUAAUAAAAAAUGUAUUU